AUGAUAUGGUUUGUUUGAAUAAUUAUGAUCAGUUAAUUUGGGUUUUUUCAUAUGUUCAACAAUGAUUUAUGAGGCUAGAUGAAUUAUCUGAUCGAUAAAAGCUUAUUACAGGGAUGUCAAUGGAUUGGAUUCGGGAUCGUUUUUGCGAAAACUUAAACCAAAACUGAAAUCGAAGCUAAGAUUCGAAAUUGAACUGAAAUCGAAUGGUUUUAGUAAUCUGUUGCCAGAUUUGAUCAAAAUUCACAUCCCAAACCAAACAGAAAUCUAGAAUCCAAACAUGCAAUAUUUUUUAUUUAUACAUUAAAUUAGGUCAUAUUUAAUGAUUAUAAAUAAAUUAUCAAUUCAAGCCCAGAAGAAUAAUAAUAAUUUUAUAUAUGUAUAAGCAUUGAAAAUCAGUUUUAAUUCGAGUUUGGUUGCGAGUUGGUUACGAUUUUUGAGUUUUGUUUGAGUACGCGUAUUUUAGCUUAGAUUUUGAUAAAAACGAUUUUUUUAAAAAAAUUUAAAUAGGAAAAUAGUAAGAAAUUUAUUAGCUUAAUUCCCCGCUGUAGUCGUCUCCACAACCCUAAAAAAAAAUUUGAAUUCCUCCACUCCCAACGGUCACCUACCUCCAUGGCCUCUUUCCCUGCGCCCCACCUCCAUCGCCUCCUCCCAAAUCUCAACGCUGACCUUCUCCUCCUCCCAUGGCGCUCGAAGGCCCCUCGCCUCUCUCCCUCUCCCUAUCCCGGUUGCUCCGCAACCCUCGCCUCUUCCCGCGCUUCAAUUCGAGGUGCGAAGCUUGGUUCGAUUCAGCUUCUUCCACGAAUGGGCGGGCACCCACUUUCGAUUCGGAGGCGGCGACGGAGCAACCGCGUUCUGGAUUGGAAAUAUUGGGAGUUGCCGAUCUACAAACAGGGCAUGAUGAAACUGCGCUUCCAAGUAUUGCCUCCCAAGACGCCACUUCCACAAAAUUUAGAUGGAGCGGAAACAUGUCAAAGUUCCUCAUUGAUUUUCUCGUAAAGCAGGAAAUAAUCGGCGCGGGAGUCGAAAAGCCGUUCGAUAAAAGCACUCUAUUAGCUGCCGCAAAAGCAGUAUCUGAGAAAUUCAGAACAAGUUGUGAUGUAGCCAAGGUAGAGAAUCGGCUGAAGAGUUUUAUAACCAAAUGGACCAAAGUAGAGAAGCUAAAACACUUAAAUGGAGCUUCCUGGGAUCCUAUUACGAAGAUUAUCAGCCUGAGAGGAGACCAUUACAGAGAUUAUGUUAAAGUUCAUCCGAAGGAUGCUACACUACUUAAUAGGCCUAUCAAGAACUACAAUGAGCUGGCUAUUCUUUUUACUGAUGAUAUAAAUACGGAGGAAAUCGGGACUAAAGAAGAGACUGUCGGAGGUCACUGCGAACGACAACCACCAACUUCUACGCCCGGCUCAUCGUCCGCUCCAUCAAGUAGGGGAAGAUCUUCGAGGUUUACAAGGCACGAAGAGGCCAAUGUGGUGGAUGUAAAGAACUUAGUUGUGAAGAUAGGGGAGCUUAUAGAUGCUAUAAAGGAUUUAAAGCCUAGAGACUUUGGUGAGGAAUUGUGGAAUGCUAUAUCGGCGUGUGAUUACAAUGAGCGCAUGUCGGUCGUAGCGUUUGAGUAUUUCCUGAAGAACGAGAUUGAGGGGAAGGUUUUUCUGGUGCGGCAUCCGGAAAUGCGCAGGGAGUGGCUGGCGAAGUUCUUCUCCAGCCUUUUGUGAUGCUCUUGUAUUUGUGUUUGUUCCUCAUUUUUACUUUGCUUCCUUCCCUGUUCAUUUCGUGGUUCCAGGUUGAGCCUUUUGUACAAUUUCUUGAGUUUUUGUUUGACCCUAAAUGUGAUUUUGCAUAGGAAUUUCUCUUUCAAUCUUAUUGUCAAAA